AUGUUAGUUGAAGCUCCGGAAUCGGUAACCUCAGCUACUAUUUGCCCUGCCAAGCCGACGUUCGUCACGCUGACCGGUUUCGGUCCCGCCGGUACAAAUGGCGUUUGCCCGGCCAACCAAAUCUGCUACAGCAGCGGUGGCACCGAUCAGUGCUUCACUUGUGUCGAUGCUUCCAUUAACUGUGCCAACUGGAACACAAAUGGCAUGUGUACAUCCGACUACUACACGGCUGAGUAUAAGAGGGGAUACUGCCCGAAGACAUGCGGAUACUGUACUGGCGGAGUGAGGGCAUGCCGCGAUGCUCGCUCGAGCCCAUUGGACUAUACGGCCAUGGUAGCGUAUCGUUGGACGGCGAUCACAAAUCUGUGGGAACAAAUCGCACCGUAUGCCCUGGAAGCUUGUGACGGCGUCAGCAUUCUAAUGGAUUUGGCGACAAUUUGGAAAAUUAAGCAAAUGAAACGACAAUCGAACAGCAAAAAUAAUGCCGAAUUCAAGCUGUUGUUAAUGCGGCGUGAUACGACAUCGACUAGUAACGCGGAAAAGAAGCUGAUAUUAAUGUUAAUGACCAACCACGUGAUCGACAUAAUCUUUGCUAUCGUGUCAAAUUGUUACUAUACCUUUAUCGCUCACCCGUACGUCGUCUGGGAUUUUAUAUUUUCAGAGGCCGAGCCGUAUUUUGUGCACUGCUUGAAGAGUAUUGUUAUAAUCGCGUUUAAUUUUGAUCCUCGACGACAAGGCAGUCCGAAGACCAUCGCAGUCAUAAUGGUGAAGAAA